GACAUUGAUGAAUGCGCAAAAAAUACCCACUAUUGCGGUGCCAAUGCUUACUGCAAUAAUACCAAGGGAGGAUACAACUGCACUUGUCAUCCGGGAUAUUACGGAGAUGGAAAGAAUUGUGAACCAGGUGAGAUGGCAGACUUUGUAUCAACUUGGAAGAUUUUUGAAAUGCUAUAUAAGAAGACAAUACCGUUUAAUCUGUGCGAAAAGUAGACAAGUUUAUUUGGCCAUUAUUCUAUGAUGUUCAAACGUAUUUUUAUAUAAUAGUAUGAACCCACAUCUAACUGAAGACAGUAGGUCUUCUUUUCAAACAGAAAAUGGUUGGGAAGGAAUUUUUAAUAUUAAAGGUAUCUUUCUAAAAGUAUCAUGCUGAAAGUAAAAAUAAAAAAGUUCACAAACCAUACGAGAAUAAAUUUUGAGACUUUCAGACCUCAGGUACUCACUGGACAUGUUAUAACGGACAUACUUGUGGGCAAAAUUCCAGACAUCUCAACUGCCUUUGUAACGAGGGCUUUAUUGGAGCAUCUUGCCAAAUAGUUAACAAAACAAGCGUUAACUAAAACUGAAAAAAGUGCCCUUGUUUUAGCUUGAAUAUAGGACAAUAACACUAGCAGGACUACUACUGAAUUUGAUCAUUUUUUUUCAGCGAUCAAGUCAUAUCAAGACUGUCAUCAAGAGAACCCAGACGAGAAGGUUACUUCUAUUUUUCAUAAAGGCCUUUUUUUCAUUCGAGUUGGUUUUAAACGACACCAACGCUUUAGUACCAGACAAGGUUGUGAAACUGUUUUUUUUUUUUUUUUUAUGAAAAUAGUGAAAACCUGCAUGUUUUGACACCCUUAGGGAAUGCUCUAGUGUCCUCCUAAUACAGGUUUCACUGCAGCUGUUAACCAAAACGUGUCUUCUUUGUCUAGGAAAACACAGAUGAAUACAAUUAUCUUUGACUCAAAGCCAAUAUCCGUUCUCUGUCACAUAGGAGAUUUUGGAUGUGGGGAUGGAGGAUGGACACCGGUCAUAAAGAUGGACGGCAACAAGGUACGAAGUAGCCCGUGUCAGGCUCUUAGAUGGUAGGGACAUCAGAGCCUCUGUAUGGGUGUUUCCAACGACAUCGAACGCGAAUAUCGCCAUUGGUUGGGCUGAGCUUGCUAGUAGCGCUACCACACAAAAAAAUGCUCAAUAUGCGACGAUUUCGUACUCGCCUGAAAAAACGACGAUUUGAUGGAAAAUGCGGGACAAAAUCGACGGCUGCAGGCACCCAUGCAGAGGCUCACAUCACCAAAAUAGAACAGGCCAAGCGUUCUUAUUCUGCGUUCAGUUCAGUUCAGUUUAGUUCAUUUUUAUUUAGCCAAAAUAUAAUACAAUACAGGAAUAUACAUAGAGAUUGUAAGUUGACAAGGGAACACAGAAGAAACCAGAACGCUUAUGAAGCCUGGGCUCCCCAGUCACAAAGAAAAAUGUAUAACGAAAUUCGCUGAGUGAUAGGUUAAAAAUAGGAAGUAGACAGAAACCGAGUUAAGUUAUGAAUUUAGUAACAAGAUAUAGAAAAACGUUCUUAACUCUGGAUUGGUAGGAAUAUAAGGAGGGGGCAUCGCGAAUGUAAUGUUGUACACAUCAGUAAGUACUUGUUUCUCUCACAGCAAACUUUUGAAUACAAUUCCUCUCUCUGGAGCAACAAAGAAACCUUUAACCUUGACGGAGGGAAGACUGGGUUUGACUCACAGGAGACCAAACUUCCCUCCUACUGGAACACAUCCUUGUCCAAGAUCUGCCUUGGUAUGAAGAUCAAUGACAACCAGUCCAAGUUUAUUGUUAUCAACCAGCAGGCCAACUCCUUGUCCUCUCUGAUCGCUGAUGGGCAAUACCGCAACACCUCACUGGGUCGUGACACCUGGAAGUCGCUGAUUGGUUCUGAGGCUUCCUUGCAGUACAACUGUAACAAGGAAGGGUUCAAUGCUGUUAGUAGUGGUAUUCGCGGUUCCAAAGCAAGAAUCGGUAUCAUUAGUAACGACCGCUACAAUUGCGCAUCUUGCGACUCUAGAAUUGGAUUUGGCACUGGUGGAAAGCCUGAUAAUAGCAACUCAUGUGGAAACGAGGCUUCACAUAAUUCAGAUAAUGGGAAUAAGCAUAUUAAGAGAAUGGGAUACAUUUUGGUGCAGUGA